GUAAAAUUGUGAGACCAAUAGAAAGCUCUUUGAUUUAUUAUCAACUUCUAUAUGCAUGUAAUCCCGGUGGAAAGAAGUUUAAGGGCAGUGGGAAAAAAAUUUGACAGUCUUGGACAUUUAAAGAAGAUAUCAAGCCCAGUACAUGUAAGAUUCAAAGCAUCGUCUGAUGGAAAAGCACUCGAGGUAACAUCGGUUCAAAUGAAGCACAAUCAUGUCACUUCGAAGGUUCUACAUGCACAUAACCCUAGCCAAAGAAAACUUUCCAGUAACAUGAAGGAAAGCGUCAAGGAUUAUUUAAAUAUGAAGGCCAAUAGAAAAAUGAUACAGCAAAAAGUUCAAGAAAGUACUGGUGCCAAUGUAGCUGUUUUGCGAGACGAAGACAAUAAUUUCAGAGGACUUUUCAUUCAAAGUCCAACCAUGAAAAGUACAAUGAAGGCUUUUCCAGAAUUUCUUGCUGUAGAUGCUACAUAUAAUUUAUGA